CUAUCUCUCUCUCUCUCACACACACACACACACGCACACCUCAGUCCUCGCUGUGGUCUACACCCGGUGUCUCUGUGUCUCUGUCUGUCCGACAUUAAACCAUGUAACCGACCGAGCUCGGGGACAUUGAGGCUGCUUGGUGUCACCCGAACAACCGAACAAAACAGCAACAAAGUGACUCAGCAGCCAUGGAGCAUAACCGGAGCGCAGCACCGACUGAAUGGUGUUAAAGAAGCCGACUUUAAGAGCUCCGGCCCCUGCAGACGCCGUCCCAGACGUAAAACACACACCCACAAGCAAGAGUUACCCGGUCCUGUGGACAGAAAGACAACAUGGCCUCCAGCCCACCGCCUGGGAAUCCCCCAAGCGGCCUCACAGACCGGAGUGGCAGCUUCUUUAAGCUGAUUGACACAUUCGCGUUGGAGAUUGGGGAGCUGAAGAAGGAGAUGGUUCAGACCUCUCCAACAGUUGACAAGGAGCCCAUGGAUCUACAGGGGCUGGAGAGUGAAGUGAGUGGUGUUUACCUGCAGUCUCCCCACUGUGGCGGUGUGGGGGGUGAAAGGGAUUCUGGGUACGAUUCCUUACGGAGGAGGAUGAGCGUCUUGGACAGGCUGACUCAAACCCACCCGGUGUGGCUGCUCCUGGCAGUGAGUGAAGAGGAGGCCAGCCACAUACUGCUCAAACAGCCACCAGGGGUGUUCCUUGUCAGGAAGUCAGCCGCGCUGCAGAGGAAGGUUUUGUCUGUUCGUCUCAAGGAGAAUCAGUCAGGAACACCCAUCAGCCACUUCCCUGUCAGAGAGAGCCAGUACACCUUUUCUCUUGAGGGAUCUGGGAUCAGCUUUGCAGAUCUGUUUCGCCUGGUUGCUUUCUACUGUAUUAGCAGGGAUGUCCUGCCUUUCACACUCAAACUCCCAGAGGCCAUUGCAUCUGCUAAGACUCAGAAAGAACUGGAGGAGGUGGCUCAGCUCGGAGCAGGUUUCUGGGACUCUGUCCUGUGCAGUCAGCGUCGCACCUCUCCCAGUCCCCGUCGCCCUCUGAGCCGUACUCUCAGCCCCCAGCGAACUAACAGGAACAAGGAGGUCAAAGGGUCACCGCAGAGGCACACCGGAUCCCACUGCGACAGUGCACCCCCGACCCUACGAUCCCACGCUCCUCCACCUUCCUUUUAUCUGGAGAGGAGACAUUCCAGCGGUCCUCUGUGCUUCGUCAACCCCCUGUUUCUCCAGACCCAUCACCACCACCGCCACCGCGAGGACGAUCCACCUUCACAUGCUGUCAAGUCCGACAACGACCUAGAGAAUGUGGGUAAAGCGUCUGUGAAGCCGUUAACCAGCAGUCAAGGUAGCGAGCACCACGUGGAUACGAUCAAACUGAACGGCAAAUCACGGCCUCCUCCCCCUCGCCCCCCUCCCCCGCGCUCGAUGCCACGCCGACGUCCCGCCCCGCCUCCACCUGGACCUCCAGCAGCUACCACCAGACCCAAGAGCAUGCCAGUGGCUGUUGCUGUGUCUGCAAAGCAACAACAGCACUCCUGCAAGCGCCCAGCGCCCGCUCGGCCACCAAUGGGUGCAAGGCACAGCAGCCCGUCCAAAGCUGCUAGCUCACCAAUCCCCGUGCCAUCAAACCCACCACCUCCAAGACCUAAGAAACCUGAUCUGGAAGCUCACCGCUGUCACAUUGCCCUCGAUGACGAGACCAUUGCUAAGGCUCUGUCCCGUGCCAAGCUUCCACCAUGCCAGCCUCCACCUACUGUCCCUGCAGAUGUACUACUGGAGAACAACGCUGGGAAUCCGUCCAUACCUAAUGAGAGGGGACGCCAGCGACUCAGUGACAUGAGCAUGUCAACUUCUUCCUCUGACUCACUGGAAUAUUCACAGUCCCCUGGAUUUUCCCUGGGCCUGGCCCCUAGCCCAUCCAGACACCUUAAUCAUCAAGACCCAGUGGAGGACAGCAGUGAGGAUGAUGAGGACGGGGAAGAAGAUGAGGAGGAAGACUACGGGGUGGGCCUGGAGACUGAUUUAGAAAUGCGCCUCCGUCCAUCCUUCAAAGCGAGGCGGCGAAGGGUCGGCGUGAGCCUGGGUGGCGGCUCUUUUAUCCUCCCCAGGGCCCUAAAGGGACGCUUCCGCAAGGUGAGCGGCAUGCUCAGCUCCCUCAUGACCCCAGAGAGACGGGCGGUGAAGAGGAUCGCAGAGCUGUCCAGGGACAAAAGCUCGUACUUUGGCUCGCUGGUCCAGGACUACAUCAGCUUUGUUCAGGAGAACCGAGGCUGUCACACAUCAGGGAUGGAUUUUCUGCAGACUCUCAGGCAGUUUAUGACACAGAUGAAGGCAUACCUCCGCCAGAGCUCCGAGCUGGACCCCCCUAUAGAGUCGCUCAUACCUGAGGACCAGAUCGACCAGGUGCUAGAGAAGGCCAUGCACAAGUGUGUCCUAAAGCCUCUGAAGAGUGUGAUCGAGGUGGCUUUACAUGACUUCCAGCUGAGCAGCGGAGCUUGGCAGCAGCUGAAAGAGAACCUGGCCCUGGCUAAGAUGAAGAAGCCCCACGAGUUAGGGGUGGACGGAGCUGUGCCGCCUGACCCCGUGGCUAUUGAGAAGAUCUGCAACAAGUUCCAAAACAUGAGGAAGAUGUACUCCCCUGAGAAAAAAGUGUCACUGCUGCUGCGUGUGUGCAAACUCAUCUACACCAUCAUGCAGGAUAACUCAGGCAGGAUGUACGGUGCCGAUGACUUCCUGCCCAUGCUGACUUAUGUUGUGGCUCAAUGUGACAUGCCCCAGCUGGAUACAGAGAUCCAGUACAUGAUGGAGCUGCUGGACCCAUCUCUGCUGCAAGGAGAGGGAGGUUACUACCUGACCAGUGCGUACGGCGCCAUGGCCCUCAUCAAAAACUUCCAGGAGGAGCAGGCAGCCCGGGUGCUGAGCUCCGAGGCCAGGAACACUCUUCACCAGUGGCACCGCCGGCGCACUGCCCAGCGUUCAGCGCCAACUGUGGACGACUUUCAGAAUUACCUCCGUAUAGCCCUGCAGGAAGCAGACACGGGCUGCACGGCCAAAACCCUGAUUGUCCACCCAUACACAACCACCGAGGAGGUCUGCUCAGUCUGCGCCUACAAGUUCAAGAUCCCCGACCCGGAGAACUACGCACUGUUUCUGGUCACAGAGGACACCAGCCAGCAGCUCGCCCCGGACACACACCCUCAGCGAAUCAAAGCUGAGCUCCACAGCCGGCCCCGUACACAAGUCUUCCACUUUCUGUACAGGAAGGUGCCUAACCUUAACCUCUGUAUCCCUGCCGUCAUACACAAUGGAAACUGCCUUCAGGUCGAAUAGUGGAGGAGAAUGUCACAGCUUGCCACACUUGAUCCUUAACAUUUGUUUUGUGGUGUUCUCGUGGUGCUUGUAUAUGUUUGUUUUGUAGAUAGAUUUGAGGAUGACUGAAUGGAAACUAGGCUGUAUAUUGGUAUAUUGAUGCAGAUAUAAAAUGUCUUAGAUCGAAUAUGAUGUUGUGUAGAUGAUUUAGAAGAUGGACUCUGGAAAGUGCUCAAAACUGUGGUUCAGAUUUGAAUGGUUCGUUCAAGAUUUAAGUGGAAAUGAUAGAAUACAGAGGCUGGUUUGCAGGAUUUUUAGCAUGGGAAGUGUGGAGGUGAAAAGUAUGUCAAACAUCUUUAAAGCAGAGGUCAUACAGUUAAUAUUGUGUUCUAAUGUAACUAACAUUUGCCUUAACUGCUGUUAUCACAGGUGCCUUCUAAAGGAAUUGAACAUAUUGUAUGCUACUGAAAGCUUUCAGCUGUCGUCCAGCGUUUAGUCUGCUUUCAUCUAAAUGAUCCUGAUACAAGCUUCAUGCUAAAACAUUGUCAAUGAACUAUUGUAAAAGUUAUGAUUGUUUUUUUGGGGGGGUUAUUUUCUGCAGUUGCUGGUCAAUUGCAGCGUGUAUGUCUGUGUAGAAAUAUUUUUAUAUUCAAAUGUCUCCUUUUUCAUCACUAAAGUGACAAAGAUUUGUAUUCUGAUUUAAUAUUUCUGCUCUGGACUCAAUAGUGGACGUGGAUUUAUGCCAGUUAUUUCUCAAAAGUCUAUUUUAAAGCAACACUGUUUCUACUGUUUGUUAUGGAAAGCUCAAAGCUGACUGUGGAAAUACAUAAAGUUCUCUUCAAACGAGA